AGAAACGAGCACUGCACACUUUGACAGUUUGCCUUGCUAUGAAUUGACAGCAGAGAGCGCAAUACAAACAUUUCGUUGUGAAAUUCAGUCGAUUCGGAGCGGAACUUGGAUUCGGAAUGUUUGUCGGCUUUUAAAUUGACUGCGAAUUUAAAUUUUUAAAUCACUUUUCACUAAACUCGGUUGAACCAUUCGAAAUAUUGAAAAUUCAUGUCGUGAAAAUGUCCAAACACAAACCAUGUCAUCCACUGAAGCACCGAUGAAGCGAAAACUGGGCUCGACGGAAAAAACACCGGUAACUGUAUUACAAGAAUUGUGCGUGCAAGAAAAUGAGCUUGUGGUAUUCGAAUAUGUUCCGCAUGAAACCGAUUCGACAAUGUUUUCCUGCCUCGUAGCCGCUUUUGAUUUGGUUUCUAGCGGCUCGGGCCGAUCGAAAAAAGAAGCAAAACAUGAAGCCAGUGAACAUCUAAUGGCUCAGCUAGCAAAAAUGGAUCGAUUCAAACAGAAGCUGCAAAAAGUGCCAGAAACACCGCGUCCAAUAUCGGACAGUGAUGCAAUCGCAGUUUUGCUUGAAAUUUGUGUGCAACGAAAUUUUCCAAUGCCAACGUUUGAAUUGAUGCAAUCAGGUGGCGAACCACAUCCCCCGAUGUUUACUUACGUCUGUCAAGUGUCGAAAAUCAAGCGCACCGGCACAUUUUCAACCAAAAAGGGUGCCAGACAAAUUGCUGCCCGUGAAGUGCUUGAGAUCGUGCAAAAUUGUGUACAAAACGAGGAAAAAAAACUAAUUGCCACCAUCGAUGCGGAACCACCAGAGAAAGUAUUCCGUGCAUAUCGUGAGCUCAAAGAAAUUCCGGCUAAACCAAAGGCCCAUCGAUUGCGUGACCGACACAAUUUCUUCCUACGUUUACCUGAAGCCGAUCGUAAUGCUGCUAAAAAGAUUUUGAUGGAUGAUUUUUCUGUUAUCUACGGCACGGCCAAGGACCGUGUUGGCCUGGUAUGCUCUGCCCUCAAACAUGAAUACAAAGUCAUCGAUAUUCCGAACCAUCGACAACAGUUCAAGGCUUUCUAUUUACUUGACGAUUAUGACUGUCUUAUCACGGCCAAAGAAGAAGACUUGUACGACCGCGUCAUUGCUUACCUCAAAACGAUGCUAGAUCUUCAAUAGUUAUAAGUGAAAUUGUCUCGAAAAAUGUUAUUAUUGACCAAAUUCUGUAAAUUUUGAUAUCAAUAUUACGCGUUCAAAUCUAGAAUUUUCAUUCCAGUUCAGUUCAGUUGUUUCCAUCGUUUUGGAAUAUUCAUAUAUUUCGUAUUUUACAUAUAGUUUCGCAUAUGUAGUUAUACUAUUCAAAUAAAUAUGUUUUUUAUUGGAAAAUCCUACAUACA